GUGGCUACUCUUACUUUUCUGAAGGCCCACCUGUAGUUUUCCCUCUGAGUGAAGCAUGCACUUACCUUUUUCUCUCGUAGGAGACAGAACGAUGCCAGCAAGACCUGUUUGUCCAUCUUUUCUUGGUGGCAAAGGGGACGCUGCCCCUGUGGAACCAGAGCAGGGUCCAGUUUGCUUUGAAGAUGUAGCUGUCCAUUUCGCAGAUGAAGAGUGGGCGUUGCUGGAUCCUGACCAGAGAGCUCUGCACAAAGAAGUCAUGGAGGAGAAUCGUGGGAUCUUGGACUCUCUCGGUGGUGAUGAAUUCGAGCUGAAGAACGAGGGAGACCACGACAGAAUCCACACAGUGGGGAAGUCAUAUCCAUAUUCCGAGUGCAGAGAGAGCUUCAGUCAGAGCUCCCAUUCCACUUCAAAUCAAAGAAGUCCCCUUGAGAAGAAGCCCUAUCAGUGCUUGGAAUGUGGAAAGAGCUUCAGUCAGAGAAACCAGCUCACUGUCCAUCAGAGAAUUCAUAAAGGGGGGAAACCCUAUCAGUGCCAAGAGUGCGGGAAGAGCUUCGGUCAAAAGGGCAGUUUAACUUCCCAUCAGAGAAUUCAUACAGGGGAGAAACCUUAUCACUGUUUGGAAUGUGGAAAAAGCUAUAGUCAACAAGGCCAGUUUAUUGUACAUCAGAUAAUUCAUACAGGGGAGAAACCUUAUCACUGCUUGGAAUGUGGAAAGAGAUUCAGAAUGAAAAGCCAUCUUAAUGUCCAUCAGAGAAUUCAUACAGGGGAGAAACCUUAUCACUGCUUGGAAUGUGGAAAAAGCUAUAGUCAACAAGGCCAGUUUACUGUACAUCAAAGAAUUCAUACAGGGGAGAAACCUUAUCAGUGCUUGGAAUGUGGAAAGAGCUUCAGUCAGAGCAGCCAGCUCACUGUCCAUCAGAUAAUUCAUACAGGGGAGAGACCUUAUCACUGCUUGGAAUGUGGAAAGAGCUUCAGUCACCAAAGCUACCUUACUGUACAUCAGAUAAUUCAUACAGGGGAGAAACCUUAUCACUGCUUCGAAUGUGGAAAGAGAUUCAGAAUGAAAAGCCAUCUUAAUGUCCAUCAGAGAAGUCAUACAGGGGAGAAACCCUAUGAAUGUUUGGAAUGUGGAAAGAGUUUCAGUAAGAGCAGCAAUCUCACUGCGCAUCAGAGAAUCCAUACAGGAGAGAAACCCUACCAGUGCCAAGAGUGCGGGAAGAGCUUCAGUCAAAAGGGCAGUUUAACUUCCCAUCAGAGAAUUCAUACAGGGGAAGCACUCUAUCAGUGCUUGGAAUGUGGAAAGAGCUUCACUCGAAGAGCCCAGCUUACUGUACAUCAGAGAAUUCAUACAGGGGAGAAACCUUAUCAGUGCUUGGAAUGUGGAAAGAGCUUCAGUCAGAGCAGGCAGCUCAAUCUCCAUCAGAUAAUUCAUACAGGGGAGAGACCUUAUUACUGCUUGGAAUGUGGGAAAAGCUUCAGUCUCCAAAGCUAUCUUACUGUACAUCAGAGAAUUCAUACAGGGGAGAAACCUUAUCAUUGCUUCGAAUGCGGAAAGAGAUUCAGAAUGAAAAGCCAACUUAAUGUCCAUCAGAGAAGUCAUACAGGGGAGAAACCUUAUCAGUGCUUGGAAUGUGGAAAGAGCUUCACUCGAAGAGGCCAGCUUACUCUACAUCAGAGAAUUCAUACAGGGGAGAAACCUUAUCAGUGCUUGGAAUGUGCAAAGAGAUUCAGAAGAAAGGGCAGUUUAACUUCCCAUCAGAGAAUUCAUACAGAGAGAAAACCCUAUCAGUGCUUGGAAUGUGGCAAGAGCUUCAUUCAGAGAAACAAGCUCAGUGUCCAUCAGAGAAUUCAUACAAGGGGAAAAACCUUUCUGUGCCUAGAGUGCGGGAAGAGCUUCAAUAAUAGGGGUAAUCUCGCUUCCCAUAAAAGAAUUCAUACAGGAGAGCAACCAUAUCAGUGUGAAGAGUAUGGAAAGAGCUUAAGUCAAAAGGACAGUUUAACAUCCCAUCAGAGAAUUCAUACAGGGGAAAAACCUUAUCAGUGCUUGGAAUGUGGAAGGGGCUUCAUUUACAGGCGCCACCUCACUGUCCAUCAGAGGAUUCAUUCAGGGGAGAAACCCUAUCACUGCUUGGAAUGUGGAAAAAGUUUCUGUCAACAAGGCCAGCUUACUGUACAUCAGAGAAGUCAUACAGGGGAGAAGCCAUAUCAGUGUUUUGAAUGUGGAAAGAGCUUCAGUCAAAGAGGCCUUCUCAGUGUCCAUCAAAGAAUUCAUACAGGGGAGAAGCCAUAUCAGUGCUUGGAAUGUGGAAAGAAAUUCACCCAGAGCGCCCAUCUUACAACCCAUCACAAAAUUCAUACAGGGGAGAAACCCUAUCAGUGCUUGGAAUGUGGAAAGAGAUUCAUUGAGAAGGCUAAACUCAAGAUCCAUGAAAGAAUUCACAGCAAGGUUAAACUGUUUCAGUGCCAAGAAUGUGGAAAGAGCUUCGGUCACAGGGCCAGCCUCGUUUCCCAUCAAAGAACUCACAUUGGGGACAAAUUAUAGUAGUGACUUUAUACAGAUUUAAUUUUAGGAGACUUCAGUUCGUAUGACGUGAGGAUUGCAGCUGGGUUCUUUGUCACAUCUUGUGCCUCAUAUUAAUUCCUACUACUGUGACUUGCAAGUUUUUGGCCGAGGUGUUUAAUGCCUUCAUCACAGUUUCCUUUCUCUUGGCAGAACAAGAUGAGCAGGUGACAGCAAAGGUUGCAAGCUUUUUAGCUGGGGCAAUUAGAAUAAGAGGGAAUAGAAUCUCAUUGCAUUGUUUCAAUAGAGUGUUGCAUCCCAGGUACAAAGUUUCCAUCCUCAUUUCCGUCGCUGAUUGUAAGGCGGGAGAAGCACGGUUAUAUAGUGACAUCUAAAGGAUAUGGUACUAGACAAAGUUUAUUUGAUGUACAGUGGAACCUCGGGUUUUUUUUUAGCGUCUUAGAAGUUGAACGUUUCUGUUUUCGAAUGCCGAAAACCUGGAAGUAAUUGCUUCCAUUUUCGAAUGCGCCUCGGACAUCGGAUGUCUUCCGCUGCAUGUUUUUCAAUUGUUUCCUUUGAACCUUGGUUUUCAAACGUCUUCUGGAACGGAUUAUACUUCUGCAUGGUGAUACAAAUAGUUAUAUGUAUGUUUAUUUAGAGGUUCCACAUAUCACAAGGAAGGUUGUAUUUAUUUGGGAAAGUAGCAAAUACUAGAAGGAAAAUGCUUUAUUAGAAUGAAAAAAUAAUAUAGUAAUACCAAAGGAAAUGGGGUUGGGAAGGGGUUGACGAUGUUUUAAGGCAGUGUUUGACCUCAGAGUUCAGGUCUCAGUCCUUUCAGGGUGCAGUUGGCAUCAGUAUAGUAGUAGUAGUA